GCAUGUCCAGAUUUGAGUAUUUGUUUACUUGUGUGAUAUGUGCGUAUGACUUCUUUCCUAACCUAGUUCAUAAUAUUAUUUUGCGAUUGCGACCAACAUCUGCUGCAAUGGCAGCCGCAGCACCGAAUCCAGAGGACACAAACCGAGGCGGAAACACUGGAAGCAGCACAGCCGGGACGCUCGCGGCGGAUGGAGAAUCUGAAGAGGCUGAGGAGUUUACGUCGUCGACCCACUGCUCUGAGCUCUCUCGUCGGCAGAACGAGCAGAGGAAGGCCGGUUUGUUCUGUGAUGUAACGUUGGCCUUCAGUUGCGGAGCAUCCAGUGACACGGUACAAAGUUUUGAACUGUCUGCCCAUCGCUCGGUUCUCGCCGCAGCCACAGACUAUUUCUCUCCCCUACUGGGAGGACAGUUUUCGGAGUCGCUGUCUGGCCGGGUGAACAUGAAAGAAUGGAGUUCUGAAACAGGGCCAGACCCAGAGACAGUUGAAAGCGUCAUGCAGUUCAUAUACACAGGAGAAAUACGUGUCAGUACUGCCAAUGUGCAUGAGGUACUGGAACUUGCAGACAGAUUCCUGCUGGUGCAGCUGAAGAACUUUUGUGGCGAGUUCCUGAAGAAGAAAUUGAGCUUGACCAACUGUGUAGCCGUGCACAGCCUGGCUCACAUGUACACUUUGGACCAGCUAGCACUGCGGGCUGCUGACAUGAUAAGACGCAACUUCCACAAGGUCAUCCAGGAUGAUGAAUUCUACACCCUGCCUUUCCACCUGGUCAGGGACUGGUUGUCUGAUGCGGAGAUCACUGUGGACUCAGAGGAAGUGCUGUUUGAGGCCAUUGUCAAAUGGGUGCAGCGCAAUGGUGAAGAGCGGGAUAAAUAUUUUGAGGAGCUGUUUCGACUCCUCAGACUUCCACAGAUCAUGCCCACCUACCUGACACGGGUGGUCAAGAAAGAGCCUCUGGUGGGUAAUAACGCUGCCUGCUUGCAGCUGGUGUCAGAUGCCGUUGAGGGCCAUGCCAUUCGCUUAGAGAACCUCAAAUCAGCGGACCUCGAAUUCUGGGCCACCUACAUGGCAGCCUUCCAGCCACGCUUCGGACAGAACAUGGACGUGAUCAUGGUGGUCGGGGGAGUGUCCGAGGGCGGUGACUACCUGAGUGAGUGUGUUGGCUACUUUGUGGCUGAGGAUCGCUGGGUCAACCUGCCGCACAUCCAUAAUCACCUUGACGGUCAUGCUAUAGCAGUAACAGACUCCCAUGUCUAUGUUGCGGGCUCCAUGGAACCAGGCUUUGCUAAGACAGUGGAACGCUACAAUCCAAACCGCAACACCUGGGAACAGGUGAGCAACUUGACUACCCGCAAGCACUCUUUUGGCCUCACCAGCAUCAAGAACAUCCUUUACAGCAUCGGGGGCCACGGAAACUUCAGUCCGGGGUUCAAGGACGUGAGCGUGUACGAGCCCGAGCAGGACAAGUGGCACAACCUGGAGUCGGCGCCCAAGAUCUUACGGGACGUGAAGGCGGUGAGCGUGGAGGACCGCUACGUCUACGUGACGGCACGCACGCCGGUCGACACGGACAACGAGGACGGGCUGAAGACGGUGACCACGCGCUACGACACAGAGAGCCGCCAGUGGCAGGAAGUGGACUCCCUGCCCCUCAUCGACAACUACUGCGUCUUCCAGAUGGCCGUGGCGCCGACCAAUUUCUACCACACGGCCUCCUGCUGCCCCAAGAGCUACGGUGUGCAAGACGAAGCGGCAAGGCAGAAGAUCAGUGCCCGCAUCUCGGACGACAUCCUGGAGAGCCUGCCGCCGGAGGUCACCAGCAUCGAGGGCGCUGCCAUCUGCUACCUGGGCGAUGACGUCUUCAUCAUCGGCGGCUGGAAGAACAGCGACGAUGUCGACAAGCAGUAUCGCAAGGAAGCCUACCGGUACUGCGCAGAGAGGAAGCGCUGGCUGCUGCUGCCGCCCAUGCCCCAGCCCCGCUGCCGGGCCACCGCCUGCCACGUCCGCAUCCCCUACCGCUUCCUGUACGGCUGCCAGCGCUACCCCAUGCCCCAGAACCUGGCUCGUCAACGGGAUCGCAUGCAGCAGAUGCAGCAGCUGCACCGGCGCACCCUCACCUUGCGCAGGCAACUGCAGUCGCAGAUAGAGUGCUGAAUUCCCUUCCAUUACCUCUAGAGGGCAGCGUUUCUCACAGCACCAAAUUCACAUUCUGUGUUUAGCUAGGACUGUGCCCUUUCUGUGCCACCGGUUGUUUUUUGUUUUCAAGUGAAGAAAUGUAUGGGGUUGAAUUUGCUCAGGUCUGUAGGAAGGGAGAGAGACUUUAAAUAAAAAAUGUUUAUAGAAUUGUGAAUGACCCGACAAUGAAAAAUGUAAAUAUUUACAUAUUUAUUCAAAUUAUGUAUCCAAUCCAGAAUAAUUGAGCUUGCUUUUUGGCCUUACAUACUUAGAUAUGCCUUACCUUGAUCCUCUUAUUCUGUUGUUGGUUUGACAGUUCCAUUCCAGCUGAACGUGGAUUCAUUGGCAUUACAUUUUUUCACUGUGAUGGCCUACAUGACUUAAUGCUCUUCUUUAAUGUUCUCUGAGAACAUGCCAGAACAUAGUGUGGCCAAACAAGUCCAUGUUGCUUCUUUACAGUGAAGGGAAUGGGCUUUAGAUGAUUCUUGUAAAUUACAUUGUACUGUUAAACAAUGUUUUCCAGUAGAGCUGACGGUUGCAUUAGCUGAUGCAAUUCAGGCGUUGUGUACAAUUGGUUAGGAUCGUUUGCAUGUUUGUACCUAAUCGGAAACCAAGGGUGGAACUUUUGUGACUAGUACAAGAAAUAUCUGAACUAGAAGAGUAAAUAAGUUAGUGUUAUGCCAAUGUGUGAAAUGGGUAUAGGUUUGAGAACUAAGCUUUAAUAUUUGUCCUCCCCCCCUAACCCAAAUACUAAAUUCCUUCAUGGCCUUCUUUGCACUACAUAUUUAAAAUGAUGAAUGUGCUACAUGAUUUAUGUGGUUUAUCGGUAAUAUGAAUAAAAAAUAUAUUAAAAAAUAAUAAAUAACUCAUAGCACAUACAAUCUAAAUCAGCACUAGAAAUCAGGAUGGAACAAGAAGCACUUAAUUUGGAGACGUUAUUCUAUGUUUGUCUCCCAUUUUAUGGAUAUGCUACAUGAGAAACCUUAGAAUAUGUGUUAAUGUUCCAAAUAUCACAGUAAUAUUUAUAACUGUAGCGUGCUGUUAUCUUUAGAUCUUUAGAGCAUGCUGUUUUCUUAACUUAUUCUGGAAGGGUGGAUACUUUCUCUUUAUUUUGUAAUAUUGGGUCAAAUGUGGCUUUUCUUUGGAUUCAUUACAGAAAGGUAAUAUUCUGUAUCAUCAUUGCUCACUUGCAAAUAGUUGGGUAAUUAAACGACUGUAACAUAGUGGUACCAUUGUUAUUUAGAGUAGUUCUGUUGUUCCCAAGUAACGUAACAUUCAUUGCUGUUGUGUCAUUCCCAUAUGCUAACAAGCAUGGCUACCGGCACUUGAACAUGUGUUUGUGUUUUGUGUUGAAUUACAGUUGGCAGUUGAAGAGCUUACAUUACAUUUGAAAUUGCCACUGAUACCAAAAUGUGAUCCUCUAGCCAUUCCAUUGACAGGCCAAGCGCAGCUGUAAUUAACCCAGUGUACAAAAAGAGCCCAGCCAUUGUUUGUAUACGAGAGUUAGUAGAUUAAAUAUAUUCAUUCCUUAAUCAAUUAAAUUGUGUUAAGCCACUGUUGUUUACCAUACAUGUGGUUACUGUUACAUUGUGUGAUUGCUGCUCUGUGGCUCCUAUUUUUCUUAAAAUAUUUAUCUUGAAGACUAGAGAAACCUAUUAUUGUGUCCUAAAUGGAUCUUCAAUUGGAUGUGCUUGCUCUGAGAUUCAUGAGCUCUGUAGCUACCACCAUUGUCUUUUAAUUCACAGUGCUUUACAUUCCCCCAAAUUAAUAAAUCUGUGUGGAUAUAUAUUUAACUGGGAGAUCAGUAGCCUCAAUU